AUGAUCUUUUUACUCUUAGCCACGUCUGUUGUUGCGUUCAAUUGUUCCAAAGGUUGCUCAUCAGGGUGCAUUGCAGACUACGCAUGUAGUUCAAAGUGUUCGUCUUCUUAUGAUGACGACAAUUCAUGUCUUUCGUGCAAAGGUGUCUACACUAUUUACACGGACGAAACCAUUUAUUUACCCCGUAACGACGAGUGUGUCCCAAAGAAUAAUGUUAUUGACAAAAACAAUUGGCUCCCACCCGAUGAUAAAAUUGAGGAAAUUUUCUUGAGCACACCAGUUUCAUUCACAUUUGAUGAAUCAAGUGAUGUUGAUUAUAGUUUUUGUACAUACAAUCCAAGAUACCGAAUUGGAAAAUGGUUUCGACUGGAUAUGUCAACUAUCACAGACCCAUAUAUUUGGAUCAAAAUGGACAAGGACAUUGGAGUGGACGUGUCUAUAGACAUCAGUCAUUCACAAAAAGGCAGUAAAUACGGAAUAUGCACUGCCCAUACCAAUUCACCUGUUUCGAAAUUAACAUGUUCAAUGAAAGGCCCUGUAAUUAAUCCAAGAGAUUCAAUUACGAACAAAGUUAUUGUCAAUUUUGAUUACUUCUUCUUUGUUUCAAUGUCUGAGGAACGUACAACUCAUUUAAACUUAACCGUUGAGAAGUCUGCUGAUAAGAUAUGGGAUAUCUCAUAUGAAAUCAAACAAGAUGAUAUCGACUAUUUGUCACAACACUUGGGGACAUACCGCGAGCUCCAAAUGCCAAUGGAAAACUUUGGGGUCUUCCAUUUCCCAGUUUGUAUGCCAACGUUCUUACUGAAGAUGGUUGUCUUCACUAUCAACUUCAAUGGUAAUUACUCGCUUCUUAUCAGCACCAAAAAGUCAAAUAGAAUGAAUUUUCUAGAAGAAUUUGGCGUUAUCAAUAAUGGUGGGAAAGUCUCCACUGAAUGUAUUGGUCUUUGGAAUGGAGCAAGAAAUGGUGUCCUAACUGAGACGGACCGCCAAGGUAUCGAAGUAAAAUUGAGUGGUAGCAACAAAACAAGGUACUUCACACUUAUUACACCAAACUUUUUCUCUGAUCUCGACGUUCAAUACCAAGUGAUCUGCCCUAACAACUGUAACCAAGAUACUCACAAAGGUGCAUGUAACACAAAUGAAGCAAGAUGUAUGUGCAUUGAUGGUUAUGGUGGCGAUGAUUGCCAUCAACUGUGUUAUUACAACAACGCUUGGACUGUAAAAGAUUAUAGUGGGUUGUGUAAAUAUGGCACUGAAAAUUGUGACUCCAAUUGUGGGUGCGUCAAUGGGACUACUCUCUCAAAUGACAAUUUAUGUGUCACCCCCG